GAAAGACAAAAGGCUUGUACGUGGCGGCCAUUUUGAGUGCAGGAGAGUGACUGUUGAUGUUAAUGUGUGUUUUGGCCUGUCUCCCCCAGCUGCCUACUUCAGGUCCAACGAUGCCCGUCAAACACUCCCUCAUGGUGGUCCUUUCCAGCCUCCUUCUGGCCGGCGGCUACAGUUUCCCCAGCCUGAGACUUCUCUUUCAAGAUGGCGUGGCAGGAGACAACGGGAAGACGCGUAGCCUCCGUGCCGAUUCUCUGCUUGUGGCCACAGGACAGUGGGAGUGGAAGAUGGCGGGAGAGGCAAGCCGCGACUCUACUCCAUCACCCCGAAGAAAGAGGGACGUUGUGUUUCCCACGAAAAGCUCUAACGAGUCUGUCCCGGAGACAACAACGCUUCUGCUACUGGACGAUGAAACCAGCCAGCCUUUCACUCCUGAACUAGGGGAGAAUGGAACCCUUCACCCAGGGCUGGCGGGAAAUGGCUCUUCCGCUGAGGCCACGGCAACACCCAGCCCCCUCAGAGAUGCUUCCACAGAAGUUGCCGUUGCCCGCCUCAACACCAUGGUGCACACAGCACCACUUCAUGGCCAAAGGACCACCACCAGCCUCAGUGAAGACUUCACCGAAACGGAAGGUGCCAAACAUGGCAGCCGUCCUUCUUCCACGUGGUCCUCCUCCGUGGCAAUUCCUCAGUCUGUGGCGGCCACUAUUUCUGCAGGGACCUUGGGGCCUGUCUCAAAGUCUGGUGUGAAGACAACAGGAAGUACCAACUCUUCUGCCAGGUGGCCCACGGCCAACUCCCAGCCGAUCCCCACCGUCCAGGCAAGACCUCCCUCUCAAGAGGACUCCCCAGACCCCGACAAGAUGCUCGGGCAAUGUUUGCUGGCCAUUUCCCUCCUUGCCCUCGUUGCCGGCGUCUUCAUCAUUACAACCUUUGUUCUCAUCACCCUGCUCUUGCGCCAGAAACGGGCCUACAAGCUCCGGCAGCGCAACCACACGGAGAUGGUGUGCAUCUCGUCCUUGCUGGCCGCUGAGGAGGCGGAGGCUUCGGAAGGAAGGCUCCCCCAGGCCAAGUGGGUGAAGUCUCUGGCCGAGAACAGAUCGGAGACAGAUAUGGACAAUUUGACUCUGAACAGUUUCCUGCCUGACCAUUAACUCGCUCUCGCGUGCUUUGGAGUUCUUCAGCCCACUCCGGUUUCCUCUUUGCAGAACCUUCUGUGUCUUGAAUGAAAAGGGUGGCGUCUGUUCAGUCCCGGACUGUGGAAACUCCGAGUCUGCUGAUUAAAAGCAGCCAUGCAAUUAAAGUUUUGCUCCCUGUCUAGAGAUUGUAUAGUUGCAGAUUUUCUGUUUACAUAAUUUAUUCUGAUUUUACUAGUUAAGAGGGAAAGGUAGGAGCGCUGACCCCGAUCCCGGCCAAUGCUGGAAAUCUGCUGCAGUCCCGCUGCCCGCUGCCCACUGCCAGUAGACACACUUACUUCAGAAGGAGAUCUUUCAAAAGUGCUAGUUUUCAGUCGCCAGAGAUCAGUCCCCUGGAGGAAACGGCUGUUUUGGAGGGAGCCCUCGAGGGCAUUAGACUCACCUAAAGUCCCUCCUCCUCACCGUUCCCAGACUCUACCCCCAAAUCUCCAGGAAUUUACUAACCUGGAACUGGCAACCCUAUGUGAGUGUCAGCGAGACUCCUGAGACUUGUUUCUGAGUAAACCUCCCUAGGACUUAGCAGAGACCUCCAGGCAGGUCAUUCUGAAACCAGAAGAGGCAAAGAAGCUCCCUUCAGCAAAAGCUGAACCUCCCAAAAAAACUGCUUUCUGUACUUGGAGUGUAACCUCUAUCUGUGGGUUCUGUGGGGCAGAACUUGGAAUGAGUUUGCAACAACAAAUUUUAAAAACAAAAUGGUUUACUUUCUUAACAUAUAACAUCAACA